CGCCGUUAAUAUUUGUCGACGCAGGGCUCUGGUGCACCCUGCUUUGUGGUUAAAAUUUUCAUCAAAACGCAAUUGUUGUUCAUGAAAACGUAAUUAACGAAAAGCAUAAAUUUUCAUAGAAAAAAUUCAAUAAACUUUGUUAUACUGCUAAAAUAAAGUUUCCACACGUUGUGGAUGCAGUCGCGCAUCAACAGUGUUGAAAAAAACAGAAGCAAGGCCAAAGGAAUUUUUAAAGGAGUUCUAAACAAGUAGCAAAACAAAAGACCUUAUAUCCGUUUCCUUUGUAUGAACAAUAUUUUUUGUUGACUGCGCGAAUCCUUUUUGUAAGUGUUUGUGUGUGCGUGAGUUCAGUUUGUGAACAAAGACAACCAAGGACAUCUUUGUUUCUUAGCAAAAGAAGAGAAAAACUAAUAUAACAAAUAAUAACAAACAAGAACAACAACCACCACCACUAAAAACACAACAUACUACAAUGAGUACUGCAGCUUUAAGCACAGCUACGGCUGCUUUGUCUUUAGAGCCUUCAAGUUCAAGUGAAGCUGCUGCUGCCGUUGCUGCUUCUUCACCAGUCACCACCACCUCAACGUUUUUAACAAAUCUGAAUACUGGUGAGACUGGCGAAUUAAAUGUCAAUGCCUCUACUUCAUCUUCAACAACUACUUCACACCUGCCUUUAAAUCCCGCCAUUUGUCGCUAUUUUCAACGUGGUAUUUGUCGUUUCGGGUCAAUGUGCCGUUUUUCACAUGACUUAACUGGUGGAGAAAUCAUAAACAAUCCAACGACAACGACCGCCACACCACCAGCAAUGUCUCAUGAGCGUCCCAGCACUAGCCGUCACAAUUGGGCCAACGCUCCCGUAUUUAUACCCAAAGCAGAUCAUUCGGGCGGCGAAAUCUUGCCAACAAUAACAACAGCAGACAACAUGGAACAACGUUCUUGGGCUGAUGUGGUCGGUGCUUCGGCUUCUCGCAUGGCGGGACCAAUUCUAACAAUGCAAGAAUCUGCUUCUAUCAAUGAAAUUUGCCCCUUCGAAGGCACUUGCCCCUAUGGCAUGUAUUGUGCCUAUGCCAUACACUUAGAAUUGUGUGAAAUGUGUGAUCAAUUUUGUCUACAUCCCUCAGAUGAAAUGCAACGUAAAAAACAUAAAAAAGAAUGUCUGCAACAGCAUGAACAGGCCAUGGAAUUGUCAUUUGCCAUUGCACGUUCUAAAGAUAAAACCUGUGGUAUUUGUUUCGAUACGAUUAUGGAAAAAGCUGGUCGAGAGAAACGUUUUGGCAUACUGCCCAAUUGUAAUCAUAUCUUUUGUUUAGAAUGUAUACGUAAAUGGCGUCAAGCUAAACAAUUUGAACAUAAAAUUACCAGAUCUUGUCCAGAAUGCCGUGUUGCUUCAGAUUUUGUUUGUCCUAGUGCCUUUUGGGUGGAAACAAAAGAGGAAAAGGAUAAACUUUUAGGUGAUUAUCGUAAAGCACUUGGUAUCAAAGACUGCAAGUACUUUAAAAAGGGUGAUGGCAAAUGUCCCUUUGGUAAUAAAUGUUUCUAUAAACAUGCUUUACCCAAUGGGGAUUUAGUUGAUGUUGGCUGUCCCAAAAAGGCUCGUAAAUUGCAUCGCAGUAAUAAUGAAAUUAUGAAUUUACUUGAUAUCUAUCUGUAUGAAUUUCUUGAUCAACGUGAACUCAAUUUCUAUGAUUAUAUAACAAGCACAAGUGAUGAAAGUGAUGAUGAUGAUGAUGAGGAUGAUGUUGAAUAAAUCAUUUAAAUUUAAUUAAAUUUGAAAACAAAUUACUCCCCCAAAAAAAAAGGUUUUUAUGCAAAACUUAAACAUUACACAAGUAAUAUUAUCGUUACAAGAAAAAAAAAUACACUUACACUCAGCUAAACAUUUACAAACAGAAAAUUUAUAUUAAAAUUAAAGAAAAAUUGAAAAAAACAUUAUUACAUAUUAUUCAAAAUGAAAAAAGUAUUCAAAUGAAAAUAAUAACCAAAAAAUAACAGCUAAAGAUUUAAGACAAAAACAUAAAAUGAAACAAAAUCUGCUAAAAUCCUCUUCUUCCUUAAACCUUUUUGCUUGUGAAAGUUAUAAUUACAAUAUAAUAUAUAAAAAGUAUUUAAUUACUAAAAAACUUACUGUGUAUAGAGGAAAUAUUAUAUAUAAAACAACAACUUUAAGCAAAACUCCUAAAAUUUCUUGGUAAAAGCCAAAUAAUCAUAAAUUCUUGCUGCUGACCCUCUUACAACUCCUCUCUAAUCAUUCAUUUUACAAUCACUAUUUGAAAAAAAAACCAAAUAUCCUUAAGAAAAUAAACCACUUAAUGCAACGAAAUUUUUAAAAGAAAUAUUAAAUUUAUAUAAAUACUUAGAGAAUUGUUUUUUAAAUUAAACUAAAUAACCAAAAAACCUGCCCUUGUUCCCUGUUUAUCUUAUGAAUUUAUAAAAUGUUAAGUUUUUCUCUCACUCUCUCUCUAUCUUUCUCUUAAACUGAACUCAACUUGGUUUUCAACUUAAUUAGUAAUCAUUAAACAUUAUUGUUCCUUUUUUUAAAAUGUAUUUUUUGUUAAUUUUGUAUUUUGUUUAUUGAAAUGUUUUCUUUUUUGCUUUUGUUAAAUUUUGUUUGAAAUUUUUAAGAAAGAAAUUUAAAAAUAUUUGGCUUAAAGAAGGCUUUUGUUAUUGAAAAUAAUAAUUUUAAUUUGAAAUAAACUAGUAGAACUGCCUGUUACUAUACUCCAAAAGAUUCUCUUCCAGGUCUUACAAAAAUCUUUAUUUUUGAAUAAUUUUAACAUAAUUUUUCAAAUUUUUCUAUAAAUAUUGAACCUUUAGAGGAAAUUUGUCUCAAAAUGAAACUUUCCUUAAAGAAAAUUUGUAAAAAUAUAAAAUUUGUAAAUAUAAAGCUUACAAUUGCUUUUGAAAACGAUUAAUUGGCCCCUAAAGUUGUUCAUAUAAAAUGGUUCCCUUACUCUAAAUGCAACAACAAAUUAGUCAUCUAAGGGCUAGACUAUCUUUCGGAUUGGAGACUAAUCGUUUUUAAGCACUAUACCCAAGUUUAUCUUUUACUCUUGAACUUUUUUUUUUUAAUUUAUUUGAAUAAUAUAUAAAAAAGAAACUUUGUGACCAGUUUACUGCAUUGAAAUCAGCCUUUAAAACCGUUUAAUUGGUCCCUAAAGUUUUUCAUUUAAAAUGGAACUUUUCUUAUAGAUUAGUCAUCUAAGGACUAGAUUAUCAUUCGGACUGAAGACUAAUUGGUCUUGCGGACUAUAGGCAAGUUUAUCAUUUACUACAAAUGGAACCUGUACUUAUAAACUAGUCAUCUAUCGGGUAGUCUGUCGUUCGGACAGUAGACUAAUUGAUGUUUCGGACUUUAGGCAACUUUUUCAUUUUUAAUAAAGACAUCCAUCGUUUGCACUAUAGACUAGUAUUUCGUUAGAACUUUAAGUUUAUCGGCUGGCUUGUGCCUAUUGUUUAAACUAUAACCAUAUCUAUCUAGUGAUGAUCAUACCCAAAGUUUGUUCCUUAAAAAAUUUUCUUUACAUAAAUGUCGUUAGAAGAUACAAUAAAGAUCUUGCUGCCUAUAUAGAUCAAACGCAGAUCCUUUAAGGGUUUCAAAACAAGUUGCCAUAGCAAAAUACUUUGUAAAACUUUCUAGUAGAAUUGUUGGUAUAUCCAAUUUCUUUUCAUCAUUUCUUUUGAUAUCGUUAAAAGAUUCAAUACAGAUCAUGUUCUCUAUAUAGAUCAAGCGCAGAUCCUUUGGGGUCUCAAAACAAGUUGUAAUAAGAAAAAACUCUAAAUAUUAAGCGCAGAUCUCUUAUAGUAUCAAAACAAGUUGAAAUAACAAAAAACUUUGUAAAAAUUUGCCACUAGUCUUGUUAGAAGAUCUAAUUUCUUUUCACAAGAUUCAAGAUCCAAUAUAGAUCAUUCUCCCUCUAUAUAUCAAGCGCAGAUCCUUUAGGGUUUCAAAACAAGUUGCAAUAACAAAAAACUUUGUAAAAAUUUGCCUCUAGUCUUGUUAGAAGAUCCAAUUUCUUUUCACAUUUUCUUUUAACAUCGUUAAAAGAUUCAAUAUAGAUCAUGCUCCCUCUAUAGAUCAAGCGCUGAUCCUUUAGGAUUUCAAAACAAGUUGUAAUAACAAACAAAGAUCUAAUUUCUUUUCACAUUUUCUUUAAACAUUAUUAGAAGAUUCAAUAUAGAUCAUGAUCCAUCUCUAGAUCAAGCGCAGAUCGAGAAGGUUUGUCUUCUAACAAGACCCACUCCCAACAAGUCCAUUGAAUACAAAUUCUCUUCUUUUUUUUUUACAGAAUUUUACUCGUGAAUUCCAAAUAUUUAAAACUUUUCUUUCAAAAAUUUCCAUGACUAUGCUAACUAUAGUUUUAAAUGGAAAUAUUUUUAAUAGUAAUAUUUAGAUAACCAAAUUUUCUUACAUUUUAUUAACUUUAUAAAAUUUCAAAGAAUGUUUGGAGUUUUAUAAAAUUUUCUAACAGAUCCUUGUUUCCGGAAAUGAAAAUCUUACGAAUUUCUGAAACUGACAGUUAUUUUUAUUUUUUAAUUUGUUUUUUUAACCCAAAACUUUUGCUAUCAACAAAAUUUUCUAAAUUAUUGAUAGUUUUUUUAAACAAUUCAGUUUGUUCUUUAGUCUUUUGUUCUGGCAAGACCAGCUUACGGUUCAGACUAUAUAAUAAUCUGUUGGUUAGACCAAAUUAUUGUUCGUAAUAUAGUCUAGUCCUUCGUUCAGACUAUAGACUAUUGUUAUCUUGUCUCUUGUUCAGACAAAAUCAAGUUAGUUGUUGAAACUUUAGAAUACUCUGACGUUCAGACUAAAGUAUCUUUCAGUCUAUAGACUAAUAUUUCCUUCGGACUAUCAUUCUGACUUUAGAUUUCAUUCGUUCAGACUCGAGAUUAGUCUAACGGACUUGUUUUUUCUGAUUAUAGAACUAUUCAGACUAUAAAUCGUUAUAUCCUCCACUAGUUUCUAGUCUAGACUGUAUUCUAGGUUAUUGUUCACGUAAUUGUCUAGCGUUCAGACUAUAAACUUACUUAUUGUGAAAAUUUUAGACUUUAGACUGGUUUUGGGUUUAAGCUAAAGUCUAGAUUAGUCUAUCCUUUAAAUUACUGAUCCACUAUCCAGAUUCCCGUUGAGUCUAUCAUUUGGAACAAAACUGUUAAAGGUUUACAGGGAUAUAUUUACAGGAAAGAGCAACUACAAACUAUGGUUCAUUAUACAGUUUCCCGUUUAGUGUAUCAUUUGGAAUAAAACUGUUAAAGGUUCAAAACUGUUAAAGGAUAUAUUUAGAGUAAAGGGCAAGUUACUGUUUCUAAGCCUUAAAACUUUAAGCCAAAUAUUUUAACAAAAUACUUAUGAUUCAAAAUAAAAUUUCUUAAAAUUUUCUUACUUAUUCCAACAUUUAAAUGUUUCUUUAUAAAAUUUUUUGUUGUAUUUUUUUUUUAAAUUUUAUAUUAAAGAACUCUUAACACAAUGUAUACAAAAUACCUAAACAUUUCAAAAAUGUUCUAUUUCCAAAACCAAAAACAAAUUAUAUAAAAAACUUAAUACUAAUUAGAAACUUCCUUUUUUUAUAAUAAUUCUAUGUUAAACUUAUAAACUUGUUACCAAAAAAAAAAAGAGAAAAAAAAACUCCAAACCAGAGCUCUCUCUUGAAUCUCUUAAAUAAUCACCACACUAAAGUCUUCUUAUAUAAAUGAAUUUUUUAAUUAAUUUUUUUCUCAAUUUGCUAUUUAAUUGUUGUUUUUCCCUUUUAAAGAGUUUGUUUAAAAUUUUUUAUGUUUUUCCUAGUUUAUUUUUCAAUAUUAAAAAUAAUUUUUUUGUUAUUUAUCAUAAAUGUAAGUUUAAAAAAAAAAAAAAACAAAAACAAAACAUAUUAUAUAAUUAUCUCUAGUAUCACAAAUUAAUGUAAAAUAAAAUUUUUAAUUAUAAAAUAUAUAAAAUAAAUAAAAAAACAAAAACUAAUUUAAAGCAACAAAACAAAAGCAGUGUAAACAACAAAAUCAUACCAAUCAACAAACUAAAUGCUAACAUUUCAAAAUACCUCCAAAAUAAAAC